AUGCUUCAAAAGCAUAUUCCUGAAGAUAAGAAAGCAAUAUUGGAAUUAUUUACAGGCUUGGAAAUGAUACUUUGUUUUCUAAAACGAACAUCUGGAGCAACUGUGACACAUUUAUCACGGAAUAUAUUGAAAGAUACUAGUGAAAGCAUUAUUGGAACAGAAGAUUUAAUGUAUCAUUUGAUAGAAGAUGAAAGUCUAGAAUGUUGGCCUGACUGG